UACUCAACACAAGAUACGCAAUUCUUCCCUGAUCGUGCUCGCCCAAAUUCCAUCUAGAUCCCGCCAAUCAUGUCCCAUGUAAGAUGCACCUCGAUUGCUUACGAUCUAUGAGUUGAUUUAUUGAUCGAAUUCGCCAUCUUCUCGAUUCUGGUUAGGAUUAUUGGGAAAUGGCAGGGCAGAUUUCUAAUAUGGAUCAAUUCGAGGCCUAUUUCCAGAGGGCGGAUGUGGAUCGAGAUGGCCGGAUUAGUGGGAAUGAGGCCGUUGCUUUCCUCCAAGCUUCAAAUUUACCCAGACAAGUUCUGGCUCAGAUAUGGAUGUAUGCUGAUCAAAAUAAAGUUGGUUACCUUGGUCGUUCAGAAUUUUUUAACUGUCUCAAACUUGUUACCGUGGCACAAAGCAAGCAAGAAUUGACUCCAGAUAUCGUGAAUGCUGCCUUAUAUGGUCCAGCUUCGGCAAAAAUCCCUCCUCCGCGGAUAGGACCACAGGCAACUCCGAAUGCUGGUCCAUCUCCUGGUCAGUUGCCUGGCAAUCCCCGCACUACUCAAGGAAUUAGUGUAAGUGCUCCUCAUGGUUUUUCGACUCAGCAAAGUCAAAUCGCCAGGCCGCCUCGGCCUCCACCUCCAAAUUUUGGAUUUCAAUCCCAGCCAGGCUUUCAAGCUCAAGGAAUACCUGGUGCAGGUUCUACGGUUGCAUCUCGUCCCCCUAAUUCAUUUGACUCACUUGGUGGAACUACUGAUGGUUCCCAAGCCAGACUUUCUUCCCAAGUUUCUAACAGAAACUUAAUUCCUUCUGCAACUCAAGGUGACAUCGGCCUUCUGGCCCCAUCUCUUACGCAACCUAAGGCACCUGAAACUACUGGGUUGGUACAAUCUGCUUCAUCCAAGCCGAAUGAUGUUUCCCAGGUUGGGAAGGAUGACACAAGAUCACCUUCGGCUACAGGAAAUGGCUUUGCCGCGAACUCAGAGUUUGGAGAUGUGUUCUCAGCAACCCCAUCCAAACCGCAUAGUACUCCCGGUGCAGUCACAUCUCCUGCGGCCAACAUAUCUGCCUUCUCUACAGGGAAUUCGACUUCCUCAGGUGAACAGCCUACACUUAAGCCAAGUGUUGUUUCUCAACCUUCAGCUAUUCAAUCUGGGCAGUUCCAGUCUAUGGACAAAGCUAGUCAACACGUUCCAGCACAAAAAUCUGCCGCAUCUGGGAAAUCUCAGCCUCCAUGGCCGAAAAUGACCCAGUCUGAUAUUCAGAAGUAUCGAAAGGUCUUUGUGCAAGUUGACACCGACCGAGAUGGGAAAAUCACUGGUGAACAGGCACGCAACCUGUUCUUUAGUUGGAGGCUACCACGAGGGACUGGAUAUUGUCCAUAUCUCCUGCUUAAUGUGUAUGGAUCCUGGCUGUUUCUCAUAGCAUCUGUGCGUCUUAUAUUUUCUGGAGAGGUCCUGAAGCAGGUGUGGGACUUAUCAGAUCAAGACAACGACAGUAUGCUUUCCUUGAAUGAAUUUUGCAUUGCUCUCUAUUUGAUGGAGAGAUAUAGGGAAGGGCGCCCUCUUCCUGCAACACUUCCCAGCCAUGUUAUAUUUGAUCAGGCAUUGUUGCCUGGUAUUGGUCAACCUGCUGCUGCGUAUGGCAAUGCAUCUUGGAGACCUCCCUCUGGUUUCCAACAGCCCCCAGGAGCUAAAAAUGCACGGCCUAUCACUUCUGUUGGUCUCGGAAAGCCACCUCGCCCUGUUCCUCAGCCUGAAGAGUCCAUACAACAGAAGGCUAAAGUUCCAGUCUUGGAGAAGCAUCUUCUAGAUCAGCUUAGCACAGAGGAGCAAGAUUCACUGAACAAAAAGUUUGAGGAAGCUAAGACUGCAGAGAAAAAGGUGGAAGAACUGGAAAAGGACAUUUCGGAGGCCAAACAAAAAGUUCAAUUCUUCCAUGCCAAGAUGCAAGAACUUAUUCUAUACAAAAGUCGAUGUGACAAUCGUCUGAACGAGAUCUCUGAAAGAGUUGUAGCUGACAAGCGAGAGGCUGAAUCAUUGGCAAAUAAGUAUGAAGAAAAAUACAAGCAGGCUGGUGAUGUAGCAUCAAGAUUAACAAUUGAAGAGUCCACAUUCCGUGAUAUUCAGGAGAAAAAAAUGGAACUUUAUCGUGCAAUCGCCAAAUUGGACCAAGAUAAUGCUGAUGAUGCUCAGGAUCGAAUUAAUCAAAUUCAGUCAGAACUUGAGGAACUAGUGAAAGCUUUGAAUGAACGGUGCAAAUUAUAUGGAUUACGCGGAAAACCGACGUCGCUUGUUGAGUUUCCAUUUGGGUGGCAACCUGGCAUUGUAACACUGGCUGCUGAUUGGGAUAAAGAAUGGGAUAAAUUUGAAGACGAAGGAUUCACUUAUGUCAAGGAGCUUACCCUUGAAGUGGAAAAUGUCAUUGCCCCUCCCAAACCCAAGUCUGCCUUAAUUCGAGAACAGGUUCAUUUAUUAGAUAAAAAGGAUGCUGCAAAAUCACCUUCUAAGGCCGAUGAGAAUUCGAGGGCAAGUACUCACGACCAGGAACAAACUGCAAGAAGUUCACCUGACAGUUCUUCAGAAAGCAAAGCAGCAGUCAGCCCAACCAAGGAAAUCCAUGACCUUCGAACAAGAGACAUCCAUGUAAAUGUGUCCCCUCGUGCAUUCGACACCCAAAGUGAGUAUGGGGUGGAAUCUAUACGUUCUGGAGAAAACCGGUUUGAUGAACCAGGUUGGGGUACUUUUGAUAAAACUAGUUAUGAUACAGUUGCAGCAUGGGAUUUCAAUCCUAUUGAAUCAAAGGAAGCCGAGCACGGACGGCAUAGUGAGAGUUCUUUAUUCGGUCCAGAUGAAUGGGGUCUGAAUCCAAUUAGAACUGGGUCCAAAACCUCAAAGCAGGGUCCAUUUUUCGAUUCAGUCCCGAGCACCCCAAAGCAGGGUCCAUUUUUCGAUUCUGUCCCGAGCACACCACAGUACAAUUUCCCUAGCUCACCCCACGUGGAUAACCUGUUCACAAGGAAUAAUAAUAACAAUAAUAAUAAUAGUCAGUUUGCCGAUUCUGUCCCAAGUACACCAAUGUACAAUUUCAACACCUCACCUCGAAAGUUCGGUGAAGGUUCGGAGGAUCACUACUCCUUGGACAGUUUUUCGAGGUUCGAUUCCUUCAACAUGCAUGACAGUGGCCCGUUUGGUUCUCGCGAGUUGUCGAGAUUCGACUCCAUGCAGAGCAGCACUAGGGAGUCGGCCGACUUUGACCAGGGGUAUUUUGGUCAACAGGAGUCACUCACGAGGUUUGACUCGUUCCGCAGCACGGCGGACUCUGAUUACAACUUUGGGCUGUUCCCUCCACGCGAGUCGUUUUCUAGGUUCGAUUCAAUGCAUAGCACGAGGGACUCGGAAUAUGGUCAGGGCUUCCCGUCGUUUGACGAUGGUGCUGAUCCAUUUGGGUCGGUUGAGCCGUUUAGGACAUCUAAUGAAACGCCGAGAAAGGAUUCCAUCGAUAAUUGGAAAGCUUUCUAG